AUAGGCCUACCUACCAUGUACAUGCCCUUAUGUCAGUCAUCGGUCAAAAAGAGGGUGUCUUGUCCUGCUCCUGAAAUCUGUUCCUGCAUUCAUCCCAGUCACCAGAAACAGAACAUUGGGAAAGUAGGCUGGGCUUCUCAGACGGGGACUCUUGGAAAAUGGUCGCUUGGAAAUACUGACAGCUUGAAUAAAGAGAAGGAUAACAACAGCUUGACCUCAGAGUCACAGACGCUAACGUCGAUGGCUGAGGCUGGGCAAAUCAGAAAGACAGCGGUCAAGGUGUUGGGUUGCGUGGAGAAGGUCUCCUCCUUCGCCUCGUCCAUCGACCCCCUCUUCGGCAUCGUCUCCUCCUUGGUGGGGGUGGUGCGCACAGGCCUGGUGGGCGAGGAGGCGCACGCCCUGGACAAGGACUUCCAGGUGGUACACGGCAAGUUGCAGAGCAUCUCGGCGAAAAACCAUCAGUGCCUGCGGCAGAUCCGUGUAGACGAGGUCAAUGAGACGUUCGGCAAGUAUGAAGAGUACAUCAAGCACCAGUAUGCCGCCUUCAGCUCCAUGGUGACGAUGGUGAGGAAGGACCCAGAGGGAGCGCGGCGCCACAUGGCCAACUUCGAGCGGGCCUACGAGAGGGAUAAGAGUGACCUGAGCCUGGACGUGUACUACCGAGGCGUCAUGGGCACCGGGUCAGUGUUUGGAAGGCCCCUGCUAAAGGUGUACCUGGAGCACUGUGACGGAGACCGCAGGGUUAUGGAGCACCGGUGCUCUCACCUGGGCCACCUGUUCCACAUCGGCCUGAUCGCUCUCAUGGCCUACACAGCGGUGACGGAGGACGACGAGGAAGAGGUGCGGGAGAAGUGGGCCAAGCGCGUGGAGGACAUCCAAGCCAAGAUGCAGGAGGUUUUGAGCCAGUGCAAAGAGGAGGAGGAGAGGAGUCCGCCCUAAAGCUUGGGAAAGGGGAGAGGUGGAGGCCCUGUCCAGAAAUAACCCCUACUCCCAGUCCUGAAGUGCUACUGGGUGUGCAGUAUGUCCUGGGUGUUCCUGCCCUGCUCUAAUACAUCUGAUUCUACUAAUCAGCUGCUCAUCUUGAGCCUAAUUAGCUAAACCAGAUAUGUUAGAGCAGGGAUGGAAUAAAAGCCUGCAGACCCAGUGGUUAUCCAGGAGGAGGGAUGGCCACCCCUGCUCUAACCCCCUUGUUAGAACUGGAUAGGUACGCACAAAAUGGCUGUAGCUCCACCGUGCCCUCAGAGGCAUGGUGGACUUUUUGCAAAAUAUUUUGCUUAGACCUGUCCAAUUUAUUCCGAUCAACACAAGUGCCAAGGGGUCGGGGCUAAGGGUUGAUUGUCGACAGGGCCAGCGAUUGAAGGGAGCUUCGGUGGGUUAGAAGUGGAGUUUUGUGGUUUGGUGGUUAAAACUGUAUAGAAGUGGUUCCCAAUUUCUCAGUAACCAGACUCAUUUAAGUGGACCAAGUAAAACAAGGAAAUCAUAUAUUAUGUGUAUUAUUAAUAGAUGGAAAACCAAAUUCACAGUAAAAGCAAUCAAAAUAUGUUUUCUUUGUUUGUGCACAUAAACUGCAUGUUUAUUUUGGUUAACUGAACUCUGUUGUUGUGGUAAUUGUUCCUAGUUUGAAUUUGUGUUCAUACCGCUGCCUUAUAUUAGGCUACCUGCCAAUACUUGCUCUGGCUGUCUGGUAAUCUCUUAUACUCUGUCUUCAAUAAAGAAGUCUAAAUUAUGACCAAUAUUA